GCACUUUCCGCUUCCCUUUCCCAGUAUGCUCUCUCUGAGAGACGGGAAUGGCGGAGUAUGGUAGCAUCCUCACCCCGGCGGCACUCGGCCUCAACGCCGGACACUCGCCCGGACCCAAAGUAGAAGCUUUCGCCGACGCGCUGCAGAGGGCGCGGCAGAUUGCUGCAAAAAUAGAUGCUGGGUCACAUCUGAACAAUUCUACUCCUGUGGUAGAUCCUGCCGUCUAUGGGUAUGGGACUCAGAAACGGACACUGGAUGAUGGGGUAGUGAACCAGCUUGGAAUGGUGCAUCAAAGGACUAUAAUGUCAGAAGAAUAUAAAGUGCCUGAUAAAAUGGUUGGAUUCAUAAUUGGCAGAGGAGGAGAACAGAUAUCACGAAUACAGAUGGAAUCUGGCUGCAAAAUACAGAUUGCACCUGAUAGUGGAGGUCUUCCAGAGAGGUCCUGCACGUUAACAGGCUCCCCAGAGAACAUUGAAGAAGCGAAAAGGCUCUUAGGACAGAUUGUGGAUCGAUGUCGGAAUGGACCUGGCUUUCACAAUGACAUUGAUGGUUCCAACAGUGCUAUACAAGAAAUACAAAUUCCAGCUAGCAAAGUGGGUCUAGUCAUAGGGAAAGGAGGAGAAACAAUUAAACAGCUGCAGGAGAGAACAGGUGUAAAAAUGAUCAUGAUUCAGGAUGGACCACUUCCCACAGGUGCAGAUAAACCACUGAGGAUUACAGGAGAUCCAUACAAAGUGCAACAAGCUAAAGAGAUGGUCUUGGAAAUAAUCAGAGAUAAAGAUCAAGGUGAUUUCAGGCGGAAUGAAUUUGGUUCCAGAUUGGGUGGAAAUAGUAUAGAUGUUGCUGUACCUAGAUUUGCUGUUGGUAUCGUAAUAGGAAGAAAUGGUGAAAUGAUAAAGAAGAUUCAGAAUGAUGCUGGUGUCAGGAUUCAGUUUAAGCCAGAUGAUGGUGUUAUGCCAGACAGAAUUGCUCAGGUGAUGGGACCUCCAGAUAGGUGUCAAAAUGCUGCUCAUAUGAUUAACGAACUUAUUCACACUGCCCAGGAGCGAGAUGGUCAAUCUGGCUUUGGUGGUCCUGGAAGAGGCCGGGGUAGGGGUCGUAGUGACUGGAAUGUGGGACCUCCAGGUGGCAUGCAGGAAAUAACAUACACAAUACCCGCUGAUAAAUGUGGCUUAGUUAUUGGAAGAGGUGGAGAGACUAUCAAAAGCAUUAACCAACAAACAGGAGCACACGUAGAAUUACAGAGAAACCCACCACCAAAUUCUGAUCCUAAUAUUCGAAUAUUCAUCAUUCGUGGAGCUCUACAACAAAUUGAACAUGCUAGACAAUUAAUAGAAGAAAAAAUCAACGGGGGUCCUGGUCCUGGUGGCCCUGGAGGAUUUAACACGAACCCUUACAGUCAAGGACCACCUGGCCACCACCAAAAUGGUCCUCCACAAGCCUUUAUGACACAGGGAUGGGGAAGUGCAUACCAGCCCUGGCAGCAACAAGGGCAGCAGGAUCCAAGUAAAGCUGCACAGCAUUUGGGUACAGCAGCCUGGUCAGCCUACAUCUCCCAGUUUUACCAGCAGCCUAGCCAGCAACAACAAGCAACAAUGGGGCAGAACUUGCAACCAAAUUCAGGUAAAGCUGCACAGCAUUUGGGUACAGCAGCCUGGUCAGCCUACAUCUCCCAGUUUUACCAGCAGCCUAGCCAGCAACAACAAGCAACAAUGGGGCAGAACUUGCAACCAAAUUCAGAUCAGAAUGGUGGCCAAACUGGUCAGAUGGAUUAUUCCAAAGCCUGGGAAGAUUACUACAAAAUACUUGCUCAGGCGACAGGAACUGCUCCAGGGACUCCACAGCAGAGUUCACAACCAGAUUAUAGUGCAGCCUGGGCAGAGUAUUACCGACAGCAAGCGGCGUACUAUGGACAGGCCACACAACAAGGGCAGGCCCCCGGUCAUCAGGAUCAAUAAUUUGACGUCCUUGUGAAGAGAUUUGAAUCAUUAUGGAUGUGGAGCCUUUUAUAAUAAAGGGUUAAAAAGGAUUUAUGACGCCUUGAAGAAAAUCUUAUACUUUUGUUUCUGAACACUAGAGGAAAAAAUACUUAUUACGAUAACUUUCUAGAUUUACCAUUAAUGGAGUAAUAGUGAAGUCGAGGGGUGCAGAUGUUAUGGAUUGAUCGCUCGGGGAACCUUAAACCCAUACCAGAUUUGGACAGGCUAAAAUGCAAAUGGCUACUUGUUCUGUUUUUAAUUUUUUAAAUUACUCCCCUACUUUAACUACACUACAAGAUAAGUUUUAAAAGUAUAAUUGUAGUGUGGGUGUGGGGCUCAAAGGUCGUGCAUUGUUGAAAUAUAUACAUCCCUGUGAUAGAUGGGUAGGAGUACUGGUGCUGGUACUGCAUUUCCUGAUACUCAGUGACAGCAAAGCAAUGAGUCACAGGUUAUCGGUCUAGAGUUUUGUACAGUAUUGACCGAAUGGUACUAACGACCACAGUAUAUAUAUAUAAUAUAUAUUAUAUAUAUAUUUAUAAUAUGUCUCACUUUUGUGAAACUGUGCCUCCAUCCCUAUGUGACUGGGCACUAAAUGCAAAACUGUUGGACUGGUAAAUUUUUGUACUGGUCCAUUAAUUCUAUUAUGUGGGGAAGGAGGGGAAACGAAGAAAAAGGAAGUUAGCACAAAUACUUCUUUUUAUAAGGAGUUAAAAUGAGAACUGUGAAUAAUAAUUUAAUGCUUUUUUCCAAAAUACAUGUUUUACGUAGGUGACUGUUGGCAAAGAUGAGAUUUUAAAAAAUGUUAUAUAAAAAAAACAAGAAAAAAAACAAAUUUAGGCACAUUUUGUAAUUGAUAAAUGAAACUGAACAGCAGCAGGAUGCACAUCUGUACGUGGAUGUAAGGGAAGAACACUGCCACUCACAUUUUAGCCUGCCUUCCACCCCGUUUCCCUCCCCCCACUUCAAAAGAACAUCCUGGCCUGAAAGGGGCCCCCCCAAUGAGUUAAAGACUUGAUCUUAUUCUUUGAUUUGUGCUGCAAUUAGAUUGCGCCUGUCUGUAUAAUUGCCUGAAAAGAUAAAUAAAUGGAACUACAGGUUUUAUUUUUUAGUAUGAAUAAAAACCAAAAAUGGUUGGUUGUGUUUGGUAUACACCUCUCAGAUAUGGACUCGACAAAGUCUCCACGAGCCAUGCUAAUGACUAUUUUUUAAUUCUUAUUCUUAAGUGGUGUGAUCUAAUAUGUAUGAUUAUGUUUAGCAAGUGAAUGAAUUCUAGUAUUAAUUACGUAUGUGAAACAAAAAUUACAUUGAUUAAAAAGGGAUGGUUAUUAAGUUGAAGCUGUUUAACUUGUAGUAUUUGCCUUUGUACAGUUAACAGUGUAGAUAACCAGGAACUCCAGUUCUGUUUUUAAUGAUCUGAGGUUUACUGGACAUUCCGUUUAAAUUGUACUGAUUUUUUUCUAAUAAUGCUUGAGAUAUCUAACUUUGGGAAGUGCAACAGGUUUAAAAAAAAGAACAGCUCUGUGCAGCAUGUUAAAGAGAUGUAUCCCUUUUAUUUUACUGACACGUGCAUUUUACACUCUAUAAUAAAAUGUCCACAACAUUUCUUUGUGGGAAAUUUGGCCUGA